AAGAUAGUCCGAAACGGUUAUCCUCACCGCCUAUCAAGCUACUCUGUCCUUUUUCACAUUUCAGUCUGAAAACACCCUUCAAAUAUAUGAUAACGCCUUUUGAUGGGUUUUAUGAGAGGUUUUAAGAUGCGGGGUUUUACAAAUGCUAUUUAAUGAGCACUUCAAUGGUGUUGUGCGACCAUUUAAAGUUGAUCAACCAAUACCUACCCCAAGCCUCCUCACUCUGUGUAUCUUGGCGUAACCCAUCGAGUUUUAUCUUUCAUCUCAGUUGCAAAGGGAAAAGAUUUUCUGGGUUCGUCGCAAAUGCUGCAAACAACAAUAGUAAUUAUUCUAAGAAAAGGAAAAGGAAAAGAAGCUGGUGGCAAAGGUUCUUUUUCGACGAUGACGGGAAUUGGCUAGGUCUCAAGGACGACGACAUGCUGGAGGAAGGCAAGGAGGAGUUUUCAGAGUCGGAGGAGUUGUUAGAGGGAGACAAAUUUGAGGCAUGGAAGAGGAGGGCUGAGGCCAUAAUAGAGUUGAGGGAAGCACAAGAGGAUGUGAGGAAUGAGGAGAGCAGAAGGUGGGAGGACUGGAUUGUGGUUGGGGAUGAUGAUAAACAUAGUGCUGCAAAAGAUUGGGAUGAUGAUGGCCGUGAUGAUGAUGGUCUUGGGGAUUAUUGGGGGAAGGAUAAAGGAAACGGCUUGGUUAAGUCUGUCAGGGAUUUGGUUCUUGGGAGGGAAGAUGAGGAUAUCUUGUACGAGGACCGUGUUUUUCGGUAUGCCUCCUUGAAUUCGGCCAAGUUUGUGGCAGCACUGGUACUUAUACCCUGUGCCUUAGAUUUUGUGGUUCAUGACUAUGUUCUUAUGCCAUUUUUGGACAGAUAUGUGAAGACUGUGCCACUGGCAGCAGAGAUGCUUGAUGUCAGAAGAAGUCAAAAGCUUGAAAUGGUUAAGCAACUUAAGGUUGAAAAAGCAAGAUUCCGUUUUGAGGUGGAGAUAGGUAAAUCUCCGCCUCUUUCUGAUGAAGAACUUUGGUGGGAAUUGCGGCAUAAAGCGUUAGAGUUACGAGAAGAGUUCAGAUUAGAGAAUCGUAAAGCAUUUGCCAACAUAUGGUCAGAUAUGGUAUUCGGCAUUUCACUGUUCCUUCUCUUACACCUCAAUCAAAGUAAGGUAGCUUUGAUGAAAUUUGCAGGUUAUAAAAUAAUAAGUAAUAUUUCAGAUACUGGAAAGGCAUUUCUCAUUAUACUGAUUACAGACAUUUUUUUAGGGUAUCAUUCUGAAUCUGGUUGGCAGACUUUGUUAGAGAUAAUUGUUGAGCAUUAUGGACUGCAAGUUGAUCAGUCUGCUAUAACCGUUUUUGUCUGUCUGAUUCCAGUUGUUGCUGAUGCAUGUGUGAAGCUUUGGAUAGGAGCUUACAGUGGUUCAGGUACUUGAUAUGUCACGUUUUUAUCAUAUACGAUGACUUAGUGACCUGAAAGAUCAAGUAACUAGUUUCAACAUUCAAGUGCCUGAAUUCAGAGCUAGCUACAAAAGUAUUUGUGAAUAACGGUUUUGGCUCGCAUGAUUGGUGGUAUGACAGAUCCAUGACAGAUCCAUGACAUUCCCUCACAAGAUGGUUCUUGAUUGCUUCUUCUACAAAGUGUGCAUUUGUUUCUUCAAGUACCAAUUUAUAAUUCUGCAUUUUGUUUUUCUUUAAACAGAAAUUUGUUGUGAAAGUUAAACGUGUUACUCUAAUACACUGAAGAAAAUUUAACAUUGAGAAAGUAGGUACUGAAUUUUUAGUUUUCAA